AAUAUAUUUGCAGAGCUGUCUCAAACAGGGUCCGAACACGGCGAGGCUGAAAGUCGGCUCUUCGCUGCUGUAGCCUGGAGAAAUUACCCCCGGCGGAAACAUCCACAGGGGUAUUCUGGACCUGUGGGCAUUUCACUGCCAGAGAGUACGAGUGAAGCUCUAAAAGAGAGAAGGAAGAAAACGAAGGGGAAGAAAGAAAAGAGACUGACUGCAACAGCUCAGUGGGACCUUUUUCUCACAACUCGUCUUCCUCCACACUCUCUCGUCGCUGCUCUCCGGCGUGUUCACAGCUUCACCAAGAUGAAGCUGAAGGAGGACCUGAACCCCAUGCUGCUGCUCCUCUUCCACCUCAUGGUAUGGAUCUACACCUUCAUCACCUUCCUGCCCUUCUACAUCCUCAGCUUGGUCUCCAGACCUGACGGGGGCUUCUACGACUCCGAGAAGAAGCGAGCCAAGAGAGCGAAGGCCUGCUCGUUGCUGGGACAUCCCGAGGGGCCUUACCGAGUGGUGAGCUCCACCAAGAGGUUGGUUACGUCGCUGCACCCGGGAGUGGACACCCUGGAUAAGAUGUUUGAGUACGCAGUCGCGAGGUUCCCACACAGAGACUGCCUGGGGACGAGGGAGGUGAUCAAUGAGGAGGACGAGCGACAGAGCAAUGGAAAGGUGUUCAAAAAGUUGGUUCUGGGUGAGUACCGCUGGCUCUCCUAUGAGGAAGUCCUCACAGCAGCAUCCCAGCUGGGCAGUGGUUUGGCAUCACUGGGUCAGCGGCCAAAAAACAACAUCGCCAUCUUCUGCGAGACACGAGCCGAGUGGAUCAUUGCUGCCCAGGCCUGCUUCAUGUACAACUUCCAAUUGGUCACCAUUUACUCCACCCUGGGAGGUCCAGCCAUUGCUCAUGGGCUGAAUGAGACUCAGGUCACCCACAUCAUCACCAGCAGAGAGCUCCUGGAGACCAGACUCAAGGGCAUCCUAAUUGAAGUUCCGAGCCUGCAGCAUAUCAUCGUAGUGGACAACACACCGAGCUCAUGGCCCGGCUAUCCACGUGGCAUCAGUGUCCACAACAUGGCUGCAGUCCAGAAGCUGGGAGCCAGUCCUGAGAAUGCGGCACGCGAGCGUAAGCAGCCACUGCCUUCAGACAUUGCAGUCAUUAUGUACACCAGCGGAUCCACGGGCAUACCAAAGGGUGUCAUGAUCUCCCAUGGCAACAUCAUCGCUGGCAUCACAGGAAUGGCCGAGCGGACACCCAACCUGUGUGAGGAGGACACCUACAUUGGCUACCUGCCUCUCGCCCACGUCCUGGAGCUCAGUGCAGAGCUCGUAUGUAUUUCUCACGGCUGUAGGAUUGGCUACUCCUCACCUCAGACUCUAGCUGACCAGUCAACAAAGAUCAAGAAGGGAGCCAAGGGAGACACCAGCGUCCUGCAGCCCACUCUGAUGGCAGCUGUCCCGGAGAUCAUGGAUCGGAUCUAUAAGAACGUGAUGACCAAGGUGGAGGAGAUGAACUUUGUCCAGAGAACGCUCUUCAUUCUGGCGUACAACUACAAACUGGAGCAGCUCCUCAAAGGAUACAGCACACCUCUAUGUGACAAGCUGGUGUUCAAGAAAGUUCGCUCUCUGCUGGGAGGUCAGAUACGAGUCUUGUUAUCAGGUGGAGCACCGCUCUCCGCCGCUACACAACGCUUCAUGAAUGUGUGUUUCUGCUGUCCGGUGGGUCAGGGGUACGGCCUGACGGAGACCUGCGGCGUUGGAACCAUUAGCGAGAUGUGGGACUACAGCACUGGGAGAGUGGGCAGGCCGCUGGUUUGCUGUGAGAUCAAGCUCAAAGACUGGGUGGAGGGUGGUUACCGUUGCACCGACAAGCCGCAUCCAAGAGGAGAGAUUCUGAUUGGUGGACCCAGCGUAACCAUGGGAUACUACAAGAACGAGGCGAAAACCAGAGAAGAUUUCUUUGUAGAUGAAAACGGCCAGCGGUGGUUCUGCACAGGAGACAUCGGAGAGUUUCACGAAGACGGAUGCCUCAAGAUAAUUGAUCGAAAGAAAGACUUGGUGAAGCUGCAGGCGGGAGAGUACGUCUCCCUGGGAAAGGUGGAGGCCAUGCUGAAGAGCUGCCCUCUGGUUGACAACAUCUGUGCCUACGCCAACAGUGAUGAGACAUAUGUGAUUGGCUUUGUGGUGCCCAGUCAGAAGCAGUUGCUGGCUCUGGCUGACCGGUACAGUAUCAGAGGCUCAUGGGAGGAGCUGUGCAACAGUAAAGCCAUGGAGGAACUGGUCCUCAAGGCCAUCACUGAGGCCGCUCUGGCAGCCCAGCUAGAGCGCUUUGAGAUCCCUCGCAAGAUACGUCUGAGCCCAGACCCGUGGACUCCUGAGACAGGAUUAGUGACUGACGCAUUCAAGCUCAAACGCCAGGAGCUGAAAAGGCACUACCAGGACGACAUCCAGAGGAUGUACGGCGGGAAAUAACAAGGACCGGCACAGCAUUGGUCAUUCUCAAAGCACAGACCAACACUUGAUUCUGAACGCUCUCAGUACCCUCUCACUGUUCCUCACGUGUUGAGGAAGAUACAAACGAUCCCUGUCCACUGCUGCCUUUUCCCCUUCUUCACCCAGGUGUAUGACCUCAGUGUGGAGGUCUUUAUUGUUUCAGAUGUGAGUUAUGAAACAGAUGGCGUGUUGGCUAAUGUUGUCUGUUGAACUCUUUCUGAGCAGAAGCUCAGCUGAGUUUUUUUUUCUUGUCUUUUUUGUCACAUGUUUUGAGUUCUGCCAGUGGUUUAUUUUGUCUCCCACCCACAGUCAGACUGUGACACCCACGGUCGUGGGAGGUCUCUCCCAUCAGAACAUCUUCACACCAAAAGCAUACAGUUAUUUGAGGGCAAAUGAGAGCAGACUGGUAAAAAUGCCAUAUCACAUCUGGUUGAACAAUUUUUAAGGCCAUAUGCCUGUUUUUAGAAAAAGACAUACAUUUGUGCUAUUUAAAAAGAAAAGAAACAAAGAUGCACUGUUGUUUAGUCUAUUGUAUUUUCCUACAAUGAUAAAGUAUACUUUUUAUGUGCUGCACAGACCACACUGUGCACAAAAUGCACAUUUAUUUUCUUGUAUUACAGAUGAAAUGUCUGUGUAAUCAUUGUCAUAUUUGAUAAAUCAUGUUUGUCUAAAUAAGCCAGUUACAGACAGGACAUGAAUAAAGCUUUCUCAUUGUGCGUGGAUGCACUGCUUCUAAAAGCACACUUUGACAAAGUGUGUGUGUUUAGCAUUUACUGUGCUGAGGGGUGAACUAAGAAGUGAGAUUAAUGGGUUAGCCGCGCAGCCAGAGUGUUCAGUGUCAUGACGAUGGUUCUCUUCAACUUGGUGAGCUGUUGGUAAAAAAUGUGUAAUCAGAGCAAUGCAAACUGUGUGCUAUGAGAACCUACAUGCCUUUUCCCUUUUAAACUUUAUAUCAUCCAUCCAUAUCAUCAAGAGAAUGAUGAAGGCACAGUAACAACAGACCACUCAGGAUUAUGUCUUUGUGCCCGGUCUGUUUCACGCUGCUUGGUAUUGCAGUUUAUAGGACACCGAUGAGAAAAUGCAUUAGUCUAUUCAGAAAUUAUUAUUUCACUUUGAUGUGUCCUUCAUUAGGGCACAGUGUCAGACCUAAAUACACAAUGCGUGGUAAAAUACAUAUAUCAACUUACAAAUUUACAGGAUUAGCAGUUUUCUGCCAGCAUUCAUCUUUUACCUUAUUUGCAGCAGCAGUGUUGCUUUUUGCUAUAAUAAUUGUUUUAUAUUCUUCAUAGUUCUCCAUUAUACUGAUCUGCUCCUCUGGACUGAAGUAGGCGGCACAUAAUCGAUCCAGUUUGUGAGGAAGAAGAGUCAAAUGGGGCACCAAACAGAGCCUGAUGAAGAAGACCUGGAAUAACAAAGAAAGUUGUUAACCACAGUCGUGAUACUCAUUGUCUCUGACAUGCAAAGAAAGCCUGGCUGUGUCCGACUUGCUUCAUAGUAAACACCCCAGGACUGUCUUCACCAGCUUAAAGCCUUGCCACAUAUUUGUGUCAUCUGCACAAGAAUGACUGAGUGACUCUUCAAGUCCACACUUGGCACAAACAUGGUCCCAGUAUCCCUCACGAUGUGACACCUGUUGCCUUCUCCAUGACUCUGAGUCACACCUUUCUAAUCCCUGACUGAUUUUUUAUUUGAUGUUUCUCCUUAAGUGUACAUAUAUGUAUGUGGAGCUGUGAUCAGCAGAGGAAGCACAUGUAUAGCCUCUAUUUUAACUUUAUGAUCAUAGAGCAGUUUUGGAGCUCCACUGCCUUGUAACAUAAGUGCAUCCAGCUAUUUAUUUGUAAUUCGCCAUUGG